AACCUUAUACUUGGAAGAGAAUUUCAUCUUUUUGGAAUGCAUAUCAAGUACUGGACGCAUUAACAAUGGCAGUCUGGCAUUUAAUAAUGCAAAAAUAGUUUUGCGAAAAUUGGCACAAUUUCAUGCUACUUCAUUGGUGUAUUUAAAAAAGCUUCCCGUAGAUGAUGUUAUAUCUGAGACUUCGCCCCUAUUGGCUAAUGAUGAGGUGGAAACCCGCAUGAAUGCUGCCAUUAAAACUAUAGAAGCAUACUGGCCCGAAUUUAAAGAAAUCGCUACAAAAAUGCGCAGCUGUGUGGAAACAUUUCGCAAACGUUUAACUCAUCUGUUGGAUAAAAAUGGGCAAACGUUGAAAGUUAUCGCACUUGGUGAACCAUACAUGAAAAAUAUGCAUUUCCAAUACACUGGAAAUGAUGUUGAAGAUGUUGUGUUUAGUAACUUCAGUAAUUGCUUCGUUGGCAGUUGUGGCUACGAUUUAAAUUUAUUCCUCAAUACCUGUUUGAACUUCGAUGCUCUGACUCGGGAACGUUAUAAACUUCUUCAUUGCUACUAUGAACAUUUCUCCGGAACAUUGAAAUCUUUAAACGAAAACUCCAUUCCCAGUUGGCAAACAAUUUUGGAUGACGUGCACAAAUUUGAACUUAUCGGUUUUUAUGGUUUACUUUGUGAAAUGCCAUUUUGUAGUGAGAAAAACGAUCUUCCGAAAUGCUAUAUGCUGGACGAAAUGAAAACUGAGGGAGUUAUGCCAAUUUCCCUUGAACAAGAGUAUAAGUUUUUAUUUAAAAGUGCACGCGUUGAAGAUAUGCUCAAGUAUGGAUUGUACCGUUUUAAUGAAAUUCGUGUAUGGGAUUACAAAACAAAUUGGGAGAAAAAACCGCAGAGC